AUGGCUAUCGGCUUACCAGGCAACCUUGCUAAGCAAAUUCUUCGUCGGUCAGGAUCUGGCUCAAACAAAGCAUCAUCAAGGUUUCCAGAUGUGCCUAAAGGUUUCCUAGCGGUGUAUGUUGGGGAGACCCAGAAGAAGCGACUUGUAGUUCCUGUUUCUUAUUUGAGCCAGCCUUCAUUUCAAGAUUUAUUAAGCAUGGCAGAAGAUGAAUUUGGGUUCGAUCAUCCAAUGGGUGGCUUGACAAUUCCCUGCAGUGAAGAAACAUUUACUCAUGUGACCUCCAGAUUGAGCAGAUCAUAA